AUGGCUUCUAUGGGCUUUCCUGAUCCUUUGGACUCAAUAAAUACAAUAAGAGAGUGUGCUUAUGCUCCAGCAACAGCUACACUGUGUUCACUCAUAAUUUUCUUGUGGGUUUUGCGCAGAUUUAGUGUGAAAAGGAAGAAUACAUUGGGAUCGAGAUUGCCCCCAGGACCGUUUGCAUGGCCCAUUAUUGGAAAUCUGAACCAGCUGAAAAGGCUUCCUCAUCGCGAUCUUCAUGCACUUACUAAAAAGUAUGGGCCCAUCAUGAUGUUAAAAUUGGGUUAUGUUCCCACUGUUGUUGUUUCUUCUUCUGCCAUGGCAAAGGAUAUGGUGUUGGCUCCUUACGGGCCAUAUUGGAGGCACAUGAGGAAGCUGUACGUGGUAGAAUUGCUGAAUGCUAAAAGGAUCGAGUCUUUCAGUUGUGUACGAGAGGAAGAGAUGCUUCUCACUGUUCGUUCAGUGUGGGAGAUUUCUAGGCAGGGCAGUCAGAGUGACGCUCAAGUGGGUGGGAAUGGCGAAGAGAUAAAGAAGCUUACAGUAGAGGCGGCAGUUACAGUAGGAGCUGUCAAUAUCGGGGACUUCAUUCCUUACUUAGACUGGAUGGAUUUGCAAGGCGUGAAGCGGCGGUUGAAAAAAGUACACAAUUCGAUUGCCCAAGUGAUAAAAAAAAUAAUAGAGGAACACCAGCAGCGCAGGAUGAAAUUGCACAAGGAGCAGAAUGCUGCUACUAAAGGCCUCAUUGACGUGCUCUUAGAAAUGGAAAGCCUUGAUGGAAGGGCAAUCACACAGGAAAAUAUUGAAGCCAUCGUUUUUGAUAUGUUCAUAGCUGGAGUUGAAACGACGUCUACUACGUUAGAAUGGGCAAUGAGUGAGAUUCUUAGAAACCCUGGUGUGGCUAAGAAAAUGCAAGAGGAAAUAGAAUCAGUGGUCGGCAGAGAGAGGGCUGUAAGUGAGCGUGACAUAGGAAGCAUGGAGUACGUGCAGUGUGUGGUGAAUGAGACACUGAGGUUAUAUCCGGCGUUACCCUUGCUUCUUCCGGUUAUACUUUUGUAG